AUGCCACACCGCGUGGUAGACUUCUUCCGCUCGCCCAACGACCACAUCAAGGCCUCGGUGCAGCGACGAAGCAGCCCGAACACAUCCAGGCGCACGUCGAGAGAGCGACCCACCCGCAACCCGUCGUACGCCUCUUCUGUAGACGAGACUACUGCCGAGGACAACGUACUAAACAACACACCAGCGCAGACAGCGGCGCCGGCGGUCAAGAUGCCGGACUCGGCCAAGGAGAAGCACCCCAAGGACCACAAGGACCACCACCGCCUGAGCUUCCCGACCCUGCACCUGGGCGGAUCCAAGGCCUCCAAAGACCACUCGUACAACCAGAGUGCGUCGCUGGACUGGAAAAUCGAGUCGCCACCAGCCGUCAUGCACGGCGACACAGAGAACAGCACUGGCGCUCUGGUUUCGGGUCAAAUGCUGCUAUGUGUCAAGGAGCCGCUCGACGUACAGAGCUUCGAUGCCCGACUGGAGAUCCACGUCAUCCAGAAGAAGCCCUUCAACUAUCACUGCCAUGGCUGUGCCCACCAGAAGACAGAGGUGAAGAAGUGGUCUUUCUUGACUGAGCCCACGGCUCUCAGCAAGCGAACACACCAGUUUCCAUUCUCGGUUUUACUGGACGGUCACUUGCCCGCAUCGACGGACAACUCCGUUCUGUCCAUUCAGUACGACUUCACAGCCGAAGUGAAGCCCAAGAGCGGCUGUGCCAUCAAGCUCUACAAGAAGAUUGAUGUCAAACGCUCGCUCCCCGUACCCGAGAUCCCGCACCACAGCGUGCGCAUUUUCCCACCCACCAACAUCACCGCCAGCGUGCACUACGACCAGGUCGUGCACCCCAUGGGCGCCAACCAGUUCACGAUCCGCUUCGACGGCAUUACCAAGCGCAACGUCGAGGCCAAAAGCGUCGAGUACUGGAAACUGAAGCGGCUCUCGUGGAAGCUGGAGGAGAAUUUGACCACCGUCGCCCCGGCCUGCGAGAAGCAUUCCCCAAAGGACGCGGAGACGGGCCAGCCGGCCAAGAAGGGCGCCAAGCGCACCGAGUUGCGCACCCUCGCCCACGCCGACAUGCACAACGGGUGGAAGGCCGACUACUCGCCUGACGGCAACAUCGAGAUGGAGGUCUCGUACCAGUGCCCGCCGACCGCCAAGGCCGUAUGCGACAUGCACAGCAGCGAUGGCACCGAGGUCACGCACCAGCUCGUCGUCGAGAUGGUCGUCGUGCAGGAGUACUCGCCGCUCAACCAGCCGCGCCAUGCCACGCCCACCGGCGUCGCACGCAUAUUGCGCAUGCAUUUUGGAAUCGUCAUGACGGAGCGCGCCGGCCUGGGCGUCAGCUGGGACAACGAGGCGCCCCCCAUCUACCAGGACGUGCCGCCCUCGCCGCCCGGGUACACGAACCCGAUCUCCUACGACAGCAUGGAGGGCUUGGUGCUUGAGAACUCGACGCCCAACCGUGGCAGCCAGGAGGUGGUGGGAGAGAUGGAGCGGGGUGCAAGCCCCGCGUACGAGGCGCGGUCACCGUGA